CUCCUCCUCCUCCAAGUGAUCUCUCCAGUCUCCGCCAUGAGCUUCUCCGGCGAUUAUAACGACGACUGUUACAAGAAUCCUUACUACAUCAACAUCAACAUGAAAAUUAUUCUCACAGCCAUAACAUCCCUGUUAAUCGUUAUUGUAAUCGUCGUGGCGCUUCACGUUUAUGCAAGGUGCUUUCUAAGACGCCGGGCCGCGUUUCAUGGAUUGGGCCUAACCUUAAACCAAGCCCACGAUCCACCCAAGGGCCUUGAUCCAACGGUCAUCGCUUUGCUCCCUAUAUUCGUAGUCAAACAAACGGACGGUCAAGAUCAUACAGUAGAUUGUGCUGUGUGUUUGAGUUCGUUAGAGGAGCAAGAGAUGGCUCGGCGGUUACCAAACUGUAGGCAUACUUUCCAUGCAGAGUGUAUAGACAAGUGGUUAGCAUCACAUUCUACAUGCCCGAUUUGUCGGACCGAGGCCGAGCCCCAGAUGCUGCAACUGGAGCCCCGGGAGGGCCCAGAGGGGAAGGCUGCGUCAGCGCCACGGUUGGAUCGUGCAUUGGUAUGCAUUGAAGGAUCAUCGGAGUCUGAUGGAGGAGCUAAAUUGAAUGGCUCGAGCUUGCCGUUGAAUUCGUUUCCAAGAAUGUUGAGCAGAGAUCAAUCUUCUCGGAGACUUCAGGAAGAUUAUCCAGUAGAUUUAGAAAGACAGUGAAGUUUGGUAAUAUUUAUUGUUCUUCUUAAUAUCUCGAGUUUUUUUUUUUUUUUUGAAUAGCUCUG